CCGAGGUCCACCCCAGUCACAGGUGCUUGGAUGCAUCCAUGGCCGCCGAAACCGGGAGCGGAGACCAGGCGCGUGCCGCCAAAGGACGCCAGCCCAUGCCAUGCCCCUCCCUUCCCGGCUCCAUCUCCCGCACUCGCACGACGCAACCGCGCCCGCGGCACGGCGUUUCGUCGAGCCCGCGCCAUGGCAACGGGAUCGCCCCGCCGCCGUGCUCCCCGGCCGCUCCUCCUCCUCCUCCUGAUCCUCCUCUUCGCCGGCGGCGGCGAGGCAAAUGCGGCCCGGCCGAGCCCCAUAAAGAACGUGGUGGUGCUGGCGCUGGAGAACCGGUCGUUCGACCACAUGCUGGGGUGGACGCGCCGCCUGCUGGGUCUCCCCGUCGACGGGCUCACCGGCGCCGAGUGCAACCCCAACUCCUCCCCCUCCGCCAACAGCUCCACCGCCUCCUCCAUCUGCGUGUCCGCCGACGCCGACCUCGUGGUCCCCGACGACCCAGGUCACUCCUUCGAGGACGUCCUGGAGCAGGUCUUCGGCAACAUCUCCGCCGCCGCCGCGCAGCCCUCCAUGUCGGGCUUCGUCCGCAGCGCGCUCUCCGUCAACGCGCUGCUCUCCUCCGCCGUCAUGCGCGCCUUCCGCCCCUCCCUCCUCCCCGCCUUCUCCGCGCUCGCCCCGGCCUUCGCCGUCUUCGACCGCUGGUUCUCCUCCAUCCCGGGGCCCACGCAGCCCAACCGGCUGUUCCUCUACUCCGCCACCUCCCGCGGCGCCGUCGCGCACGACAAGCUCGACCUCCUCCUCGGGUACCCGCAGCGCACCAUCUUUGACUCCCUCGCCGCCGACGGCCGCGACUUCGCCGUCUACUUCAAGACCAUCCCCACCGUCCUCUUCUACCGCCGCCUCCGCGCGCUCCGCUACGCGGCGCGCAGCUUCCACCGCUACGACGCCGCCUUCAAGGACCACGCCCGCCGCGGCGUGCUCCCGGCGCUCUCCGUCAUCGAGCCCAGGUACUUCGACCUCACGGGGACCCCCGCCGACGACGACCACCCGGCGCACGACGUUGCCAACGGCCAGCGCCUCGUCAAGGACGUGUACGAGGCGCUCCGGGCCAGCCCGCAGUGGAACCAGACGCUGCUCAUCGUUACCUACGACGAGCACGGCGGGUUCUACGACCACGUCGCCACGCCCACCGCCGGCGUGCCCAGCCCCGACGGCAUCCGGGGCCCGCCGCCCUUCUUCUUCAAGUUCGACCGCCUCGGCGUCAGGGUGCCCUCCAUCAUGGUCUCGCCGUGGAUCAAGAAGGGCACCGUCGUCGGCCGCCCCGUCGGGCCCGCCGACACCUCCGAGUUCGAGCACUCCUCCAUCCCGGCCACCCUCAAGAAGAUCUUCAACCUCUCGUCGGAUUUCCUCACCAAGAGGGACGCGUGGGCCGGCACAUUCGAGCACAUCUUCACCGAGCUCGACGAACCAAGAACGGACUGCCCAGAGACACUGCCAGAGGUGCCGUUCGAGAGGCCGACCCCACCCAACGAGCACGGCUGGCUCUCGGAUUUCCAGCGCGAGCUCGUGGAGCUCGCGAGCUUCCUGAACGGCGACUACAUGCUGACGAGCCUCGCGCAGGAGACCCGGAGGAAGAAGAUGACCGUGAAGCAGGCCGACGCGUACGUGCGGCGAGCCGUCACGGGCUUUCUGCGGGCGAGCAAGCAGGCGGUGCGGCUGGGCGCGAACGAGUCCGUCACCGUGACCAUGAGGUCGUCCCUGACGAGUAAGAGCACCGGCUCAAGCCCCUGAUUGAAGUCUGCUGACACACGUAGCUAGUUAACAGAUCUGAAGAACAGAUGGCCUUGCAUCUGAAAGAUAACUGUAUAUCGUCUCUGAAGUUUUAGUGUAACCGAAUAGUAGUGAACUCUGAACCGAGUCUUUAUAUAAUUAUAUAUAUAGCUUCUUCUGUUUCCCUUAGCAGAAUUGUUAUACCAAUGUACUCAUCAAAUGUAUAAGAGUCUUGAGUGUCUGAUCUUGAAA